AUGUUUGACACUCUCGCCGCUUCAGAAACAAGCGACUCGCCCAUGUCUCCGUCUCACGUGGGCUGCGGCUCCUGCCGCCAGUCCCAGGCUGGCAUCAUGGCCGCUAAGAGUGGGGCCCGCCGGAUGGCUCGCCGCCGCCCCGCCCGUGGGCAGAAUGAAACGCCUGUCUUUGUCAGCCGUCGUCACCGCAGACGUCCCAGCUUCAACCCUGCCAACGUCCACCAGUUCGUCACCCAGGUUCACAGCAUGGAUCCGACGCUCUUGAUCGGCGACAUCGUCGAGCGCGACUCCGAGUCGAGGAAACCCGUCCAGUUCUCCGCCCCCAAGCCGUCGUCCACCGGCUUCCCGCAGCACCGGCGACGAUGGAAGCCGUCGGCGUCCAAACAACAGAAAGCCGGCACUCAGCCCGACAAUGCGUCCAGCGCAGGGUCUGGCCCCGGCACCGUCGACUCCGGUGCCCCGGGCCAGCCAGUAACACAGAAGCAAGCGUUUGAGGAGGCAGAAAGGAGACGGAUCGAUUUGGAAAACCAACAGAAGCUCUCGAGCAUGUCGCCCCAGGAAAUCGCCCAAGCCCAAGAAGACAUCAUGACCGGCCUCAAUCCUGCGCUUAUCCAGCGUCUCCUCCAACGCGCCAACAUCGACGACCAGAAUGGUCCAUCGCCCUUUGAUCCUGUUCCAGCUCAACAGCAAGAGGCUGCGGCACCGCCUCCGGAGAUCAAGGUCGAGGCUCCGUCGAAAUCCACGGCGGUGACGUCGGCCUCUACCGAGACAAAGGCUACGAGCUCGUCGGUGCGCUCAUCCAAAAAAAUUGCGCCUGAUUACGACGAAGACCAAGCGCCGGCGCAGAUACCGUCCGACUUGUUUCCCAUCACCGACCAACCAAGCUCGACGCACUUUCCCGUCCCCGACGUCCCCGACCUCGAUCCAUCAGACCCUAAUUUCCUGCAAACUCUUCACGAGAAAUACUUUCCCAGCCUUCCCUCGGACCCGAGCAAGCUGGCGUGGAUGGCGCCGGUGCCUACCAAGGACAGCCAGGCAGACAAGGAGUCACCAUACUAUCCGCACCCUGAGAUUGGCGUCUCCGCAUUGAGGUUCGACUUUAGAGGACGAUUCCUGUCGCCCCGUGUCAGCCGGUCAAUACCGUCUACAAAAGGCCUGCACCACCACGGCGAGGCUCCGGAGGCAGCCGGAUACACCAUUGCGGAGUUGGCUCGCCUCGCAAGAAGCGCAGUCCCUGCCCAGCGGUGCAUGGCAUAUCAGACCUUGGGCAGGAUAUUAUACCGACUUGGGAGAGGCGAAUGGGGCAAAACGGAGAAUGAUCCCAUCGCAACGGGAGUCUGGGAUGCAGUCAAGAAGGGACGGGUGUUGGAGAGCUUGAUGGAGGCCGCAUCGGGCGAGGGUGGCCACCGUGGGAGCCGAGCAUAUGCAACGGAGGCUUUGUGGCUGUUUGAAAAGGGCGGUUGGAAGGAGACGCAUAAGGGACGUUGA